AUGCAUGACGCCUGGACUGCUCGCAAAGCUGAGGAGAUCCAAGGCUACGCGGACCGCAACGAAUGGAAGAACUUCUUCUCCGCAAUCAAAGCUGUCUACGGUCCGCCGACGAAAGGCACUGCUCCUCUCCUCAACGCCGAAGGUAGCACUCUCCUGACUGAGAAGACACAAAUUAUACAGAGAUGGGCCGAUAAUUUUCGAGGCGUCCUCAACCGCCCCUCCACCAUCUCCGACGCCGCCAUCGACCGUUUGCCGCAAGUAGAGACCAACGUGGACCUCGACCUCCCGCCAUCCCUCCAGGAAACCAUCAGGGCCGUGCCGCAGCUCUCCAGUGGGAAAGCACCCGGUUCGGACGCAAUCCCUUCUGAGGUCAAUAAGCACGGAGGUCCCUAACUAAUGGAUCACCUGACUGCGCUCUUCCAGGAGAUGUGGCGCCAGGGUGAAAUCCCACAAGAUUUCAAAGACGCAAUCAUCGUGCAUCUCUACAAGCGAAAGGGGAACGCCAAGUCCGCGACAAUCACCGCGGCAUCUCCUUGCUGAAAAUCGCCGGGAAGAUCUUCGCUCGCAUCCUUCUCAACCGCCUGAAUAACCAUCUGGAACAGGGCCUUCUGCCGAAAAGCCAAUGCGGCUUCCGUCGUCAUCGCAGAUUCACGGAUAUGAUGUUUGCCGCCCGUCAACUACAGGAGAAGUGCCAGGAGAUGCGGACCCACCUGUACUCUACCUUCGUGAACCUGACGAAAGCCUUCGACACAGUGAAUCGUGAAGGACUGUGGAAAAUCAUGCAGAAAUUCGGCUGUCUGGAGCGAUUCAUUCAGCUGGAGCGUCAGCUGCAUGACGGCAUGAUGGCGAGAGUCACGGAUAACGGAGCUGUCUCAGAGGCAUUCGCAGUGACCAACGGAGUGAAGCAGGGAUGCGUGCUGGCGCCCACCCUCUUCAGUCUUAUGUUUUCUGCCAUGUUGAUGGACGCCAACCGUGACGAACACCCUGGGAUCCGCAUCGCCUACAGGACGGACGGUCACCUUCUGAAUCAACGGCGGAUGCACUUUCAAUCACGCGCAUGGACGACGAGCGACUGUCCAAACGACUCUUCUACGGAGACGUCGCCACGGUCUCUCGCCGCCAAGGAGGCCAAAUUCGUUGAUACAAGGAUACUCUUAAGUCCUCCCUGAAGCAUCUGCAAAUUAACUCGACCAACUGGGAGGAGCUCGCCCUCGACCGACCGACCUGGAGGAGGAAAGUGAAGACAGGCGCUGCGAUCUAUGAGACCAACCGAAUCGCCGCUGCCAAAGUGAAACGCAUCGCAUGGGCCUACUCGGCCACAUGCGCAUCCACGACGACCUGCGGUAGACAACCGCCGGCUACACCACACCACAACAUCCUCCCUCCCUCCCUCCCUGCCUCCACCACCACCACCACCACCACCACCACCACCAUCACCACCCCACCAGAAAUCAACACUCACAUACCUCAUGCACUCAACUGUCACCUCCCACGCAAGUGGGAAGUGUGCAUCUCGACUCGGUCCCCAUGCGGCUUCGGCUGCACGGGUGACUUGAGUCUGAGACUGUCCCGGCACGUCAAGCGUCGUGGACAGGAAGGUUACUGA